GCCUGGUUUUUGAGGUUAUUCACGGGCACGCGCAUGCCGUCUCUCCUCUUGUAGGUUUGGUCCAAUCGGGGAGAGCCGCAGCUACCGCGGGAGCGCGCACAAGAGCUAUAUUCAGUCUUUUUUAUUCUUACAUCGCUUGUAUUUCUAUAGACAAUUUCUGUUCACGCUACAAGAUAUACAUUCAUAUUAUAUAAAAAAAAAUAAUAAUAAAAAUAACGGGAGAUUACAGGGACAUGCGUACUCCAGGAGAAAAAUACGCUGCUCAAUGACCAGAGUAGUCUGAUGAUAUCGAUAUCGACCAACUCCAUAAGUACCAUGAACAGCACUGUGUGGCCUUUAGACCUGGCAGAUUUUGCUAGGAGCCGAGUGUUCAACAUCACCCUCGGACAGACUCCUGUCAGCGGCUGGGCCUUGAUCCACACAGCCACUCUGGCCUCCUGCUCUCUUCUCCUAAUCGUUAUAUUCUGCCUGGGUUCGUAUGGCAACUUGGUGGUGUUUCUGUCCUUCUUUGACCCAGCAUUCCGCAAGUUCCGUACCAACUUUGACUUUAUGAUCCUGAACCUGUCCUUCUGUGACCUGUUCAUCUGCUGUGUUACCGCACCCAUGUUUGCGCUCAUACUUUUCCUGGAUGUCGGGGACAGUGGAGGCGGUGUGUCAAAGGGCUUCUGCUUUGCCUUUCAUCUCACUAGCUCAGGAUUCAUCAUCAUGUCUUUGGAAACAGUGGCAGUCAUUGCCCUGCAUCGUUUGCGCAUGGUCCUGGGCCAGCACCCAAACCAUGCUGCAUCCUUCCCGUGCACGUUGUCUCUUACUGCCCUACUGUGGACUUCUAGCUUCACUCUGGCAACUUUUGUCACCUUAAGAGCCUAUCCCAGAGGUGCGGGUCCAUGCCUGCCUCACUUCGGUCUCGCAGGGAAUCAGGCAAAAGUGGUGUUGUAUGUGUAUCUUGCAGAUUUUGCUUUUUGUGUGGGUGUAGUGUCCAUGUCCUAUCUUAUGAUUGCAAAUGCAUUGCGAAAGAACGCCCUGGUGCGGAAGUGUUCUGUUAUCAUGGUGGGUGCCGCACGUCCCCCAGCUGCUCCACCAGCCUUCAUAGCUGCUGGAUUUGAGGGCAUACAGUGUGCUGUCCAGGUGCCCUCACUAUAUCGUAAUCAGACCUACAACAAGCUUCAGCAUGUUCAGACACACCCGUUUACAAAAGGUAGCAGUCAGGCCCUGGUGCACAGGACUGCCACACAUGCUACAUGCUGUCAGUUGGUUUCAAACCUGUCCACAGCCAAGGAUUCCAAAGCUGUAGUGACAUGUGUGGUCAUAGUUAUAUCUGUGCUUCUGUGCUGCCUUCCCAUGGGUGUGGCUUUGACACAGGAUGUUUUGUCUCCAGAGAACAGCUUUGUUCACUACCAGUUUGAGCUCUGUGGAUUUGCCCUGAUCUUUCUCAAGUCAGGCAUAAAUCCAUUUGUUUACUCCAGGAACAGUGCUGGUUUACGACGCCGUGUACUCUGCUUCCUCCAGUGGCUGGCAUUUAGUGCCUUCUGUUGCAAGCACAAGACCCGUUUGCAUGCUAUGGGCAAGGGAAACCUGGAGAUAAACCGCAAUAAGUCUUCACACCACGAAACCAAUUCAGCCUACAUGCUCUCACCAAAGCCACAGAGGAGGCUGGUGGACCAAGCAUGCGGGCCUAGCCACUCACGGGACAGCAUGCCCAGUGCUCGUGCCACAACAGAAUGCAAAACACAUCCUCCGAGCACCUCCACGCCCAUCAACACCCGCAUAGAGCCCUACUACAGCAUCUACAAUAGCAGUCCCUUAGCUGGACCCAGUUCUCCCAACAGCCUGAAUCCAGUAAAUUCUCAGACUGCAGGAUUUGCUAAGAGCUUCGUGGCAAUGCAUUAUCACAUCCACCAGGAGGCACUGCAGGACUUUGACAGUACCUCAGCCCAGCAGAUCCCCACACCCUCAGUAUGAAUUCUUUACUACUACUAAGCAUGUUGGGAGCAACAGAAUGGCAGUGUUUGCUUAUAUGAUAUAUGAGAAUGUACAAUGCUCAGUGUUGGACUUUGAGAGGCGGUGCACAUUUGAUGAGCGUUCAUUCAGACUAUCCACAAAGUGUUAAUGAUGUUCCUUGACUUAAGGAUAUUUUUACACUGGCAUGGAGUUUUUGAUAAGGUGGUGAAAGUGUCUUUUGAUUAAGAUAAAGUACUUGUCAAGCUAUACAUUUAAUGUUGUAUUAAAUUAUUUGUGUAUAAAAGUGUAUAUUUUGAAGAAAUAAACAUUUUCCAAGCACGGGCAAUAUGGACACACGCUAGUUUCAUUGUGUGGAGCCCAUCACGAUAAGGUGAAAUCAUGAAAAUGCUCAAUCUUCAUCAGUGCUGUAGAUUUGUUGCACCCAAAAAAUAAAAUAAACAAGAACAAAACAAUUGAACAUUCAGCAGCAUAUUUAAGAAAGUACAAUUUAGUAUAUUUCAUAUUUUUCUGUCAGCUUUACGAUUAAAUUGAGAGCAAGUCUGGAGAUCUAGAGUGUUUAUUUCCAGCCAAAACAUUCAGAGAACCUAGACGAAAAUACAACACAACAGUCAAAACAUGAUCGUGUUUGUUAUAAAUUAAUGCUUGUUUUAAGCAGCUGUUUUCUUUUAUAGUGUGAUGUAUAUUUUUUCGUUUAUAGUAUGAUGUGCUGGCCAUUUUAUCUGAUGUUCCGAUGAGUGACAAAUUAAUGGAAAAGUCUAGUUAAGGCGCAAUGAUUCUACGAGUCACCAGAACAGCUUUGAUGCCUAAAUCCUACAAGUUAACAAAGGGUUAAACACCAUUCUUAGUUUCAGUUGGUAUUUAAUACAAACUUGUAUUAAUAAUGCUUGUGAAGAGUGCUAACAGAUCGCUACAAACACUCGCAUAGGUCUCUGGGGUCAUAGGAAAAAAAGUAAUGAGAAGAACUUUGCAUUGAAUCCCUUUAAGAGGGCCGGUGUACCCAAACCACGCCGGCAAAAUGCCUCUAGUUUUCCAUUUAAUUUGUCUGCACCUGAUCU